AUGGCAAACGCAUCCACCGAUAACCACCCAUGGAUCUCCGAGAUCCAGUUCGAAGUCCCACAGCUGGGACCCAAGCUGGAGCCAUGCGCCCAUAAGACGAGCAAAUACGCCAACAAGAAGCGACUGGUCAUUUGCUGCGAUGGAACGUGGAACAACUCAAACCAGAAGGGAAGCAUAUCGACCAAUGUUGCGCGACUUUCCGCGGCCGUUGCGCACAAGUGCUGCACGGGUAUGCCGCAGGUUGUGUAUUACCACCGAGGUGCAGGCACUGAGGAGUCGAAGGUAGCUCAGUAUCUGGGAGGCGUCUUAGGAAAGGGCAUCAUACAGGAUAUCGCAGACGUUUAUCGGUUCAUUUGUGACAACUACAACCCAGGUGACGAGCUGGUCAUCGUUGGAUUCUCUCGCGGCGCCUUUACAGCACGAUCAGUGUCCGGAAUGGUUUGCAACAUAGGCUUGCUUAACCGGGUUGGUCUUGCCAACUUUGGCGACAUCUUCCAUGACUACCAGAACUUUCCGAACUGGAGGCCGCGAACUACGUUCGACAUGGAGGACCACCUCGUCGGCUUCACUCUUACCAACUGGGAGCGGCUUGAGCGAUUUAGAACCAAGAACAACAGGGCCGAGAGAAAGGACCACGGGACCAUGCAGAAAGAACUUGACGAGGACAAGAAGAAGUUUUUUGAGAGGAUCAUCAAGUGCCAAAAGCAAGGCGCCGACCAGAUGGACCUCGUACAAAUGGCCAAGAAGUAUAGAGACUUCCUUGAGAAGCAUCAAAUGAUACUCUGCGAAAGGAAGCUCGAGGAUAGAGAUGGCAAGACUGACUGGUACUUUUCGCCUGUCGACGUCACCAUUCAGGCCGUAGGCAAGAGUCUGGGACACGGUCGGAAGUCUUGGUUGGCCAAAGAUGCCAUGGGAGAAGAUUCGCACAGACAGGAUCUUGAUGUGCACCCCAACGUCGAACAUGCCUUCCAUGCCCUUGCCCUGGACGAAUGGCGGACUGCUUUCGCUCCCACUCUCUGGGGCAAACGCGGCAACGAUAAGACCCAUCUUCGACAAGUCUGGUUCCCGGGCAGCCACAGCAACGUUGGCGGAGGAUUCGAGGAUCAGCAAAUAGCAACAAUUGCACUUGCGUGGAUGGCGGACCAGCUUACGUCGGUCGGCGUGGAGUUCAGCACCCCCGAAAUGAAGCGCAUUUUCUACACCCUGGACCCCAGCGUCGAAGCCCGAGAAUGGGGCAAGGGCAGAAUAUCCAGUCCCUCCUCAACCACCGCCCUUCCCGACAAAGCUUACGAUGCUCUCUGGUAUCCGUGGCAGAGGCUGACAGGCGGCAACACUGUUGGUGGCACUCGAACUCCAGGAUCGUACAAGGAGGACGACAGGAAGGGCUUCAUCCAAGAUCCAUGCGAGCUUGUACACCCUUCCGUUCGCAUUCGCUAUCUCUAUGAUGGCCUCGGGUUGGAUGAUGCUGGGGAUUGGGAGUGUUCUGCGUUGACCAAAAACGGGUUCAAGCUGCAGAAAAGCACCAUGCCGCUGAGAAUCGAGGACCCGAACCACAGGCACUUCAUUGCCUCAACCUAUGAAACGCUCUCUGGCACAGUCGCUUCCGUUCAUGGCGGUCUUCCCAUGGAUGCAAGCGCCGAUCACAAGCUGGUUCUCCAUCAACUUCCGUACGAGUCCGAUCUCUACCAGCUAGAAGAGGCCGAGAACAACUGGGUCUGGAGCAGAGGAGACACUGUUCUCGAGGAGGAGCGCAUUGGUAUGUGGGAGCGACUCUUCAUCAAUAUCAACCAUGAUCUUCUCGAAAGGCAAGAACAGACGAAGCGCGCCCAAGAAGGGCGGCAGAGAACUGAGUCUAAGACCAGCCAGGGAUUGGUGGCCGGUCUUCGAUCUUGGGUUGGUGACAGGGUCAAUACUGCGCGUGGUGUUGCGGGCAGCGUUCUCUCUAACACUGUCGGCAAGCUGCUGCCCGGCACUGGAAAGUCCAAGCCGAUAGACUACCAUCCCAAGUUCGGAUAUCACGACUUCGUGUCAUGGCAACGAGGUGACACCACCAAGUCUGGGUCACGAUUGUAG